AUGGGUAGGGAGGUGUUCGGUGGUGCUUCAACGACGACGACGACGCAGGCCAACAAGGUGGUGGUGGUGAGCCGCCGCGUCAUCCCGCUCCUCCUCCUUGCCGUCGUCGUCUUUCUGGCCCCGCGGCUGUCGUCGAAACUUCCCGCCGGCCUCCUGCUCCUGAAGGAGAAGCUGGGUCGUCUGAGCCCUGCGGCGGUGGCGGUUGCCUGCUGGGCGACCGCGGCGGCGGCGUGGGCGUACGCGGUGUCCCGCCCGCGGCCCGUGUACCUGGUGGACCUGUCCGGGUACGUGGCCGGCGCGCCGCACGAGGCGUCCCGCGCCAAGACGAUCGCGCACUUCGGGCGGUGCGGGCGGUUCUGCGACGAGAGCAUGGCGUUCCAGAAGCGGAUGCUGGAGCGGUCGGGGCUCGGGGAGCGGACCCACUUCCCGGCGUCGCUCAUCUGCGUGCCCGUCGACAUGUGCCUCCGCACGGCGCGGGAGGAGUCGCACGCCGUCAUCUUCGGCGUCGUCGACGACCUCCUCCGCAGGGCGCCGGGCGUGGCGCCGCGCGACGUCGGCGUGCUCAUCUUCAACUCCAGCCUGCUCAGCCCGACGCCGUCCUUCACGUCGCUUAUCUCCAACCGCUACGGGAUGCGGCACGACGUCGUCAGCCACAACCUCAGCGGGAUGGGGUGCAGCGCAGGCAUCAUCGCCAUCGACCUCGCCAAGCGACUGCUCCAGGUGCACCGGGACACGUACGCGCUCGUGGUGAGCACGGAGAACAUCACCCUCAACGCCUACAUGGGCAACAACCGCCCGAUGCUGGUGACCAACACGCUCUUCCGCGUGGGCGGCGCCGCCAUCCUGCUCUCCAACCGCCGCGCCGACCGCCGCCGCGCCAAGUACCAGCUCAUCCACACCGUGCGCACCCACCGCGGAGCGCACGACCAGAGCUUCGGCUGCGUCACGCAGGAGGAGGACGACGCGGGGUGCGUCGGCGUCUCCCUCUCCAAGGAGCUCAUGGUGGUGGCCGGGGAGGCCCUGCGCACCAACAUCACCACUCUGGGCCCGCUCGUCCUGCCCAUGUCCGAGCAGCUCCGGUUCCUCGCCACCGUCGUCCUCAACCGCGUCUUCCGCGCCAACGUGCGCGCCUACCUGCCCGACUUCAAGCUCGCCUUCGACCACUUCUGCAUCCACGCGGGGGGCCGCGGCGUGCUGGACGAGCUGGAGCGCAGCCUCAAGCUCAGCACCUGGCACAUGGAGCCCUCCAGGAUGACGCUCUGCCGCUUCGGCAACACCUCCAGCAGCUCGCUCUGGUACGAGCUCGCCUACUGCGAGGCCAAGGGGCGGAUCCGGAAGGGGGACCGGGUCUGGCAGAUCGCAUUCGGAUCCGGAUUCAAGUGCAACAGCGCCGUCUGGAAGGCGCUCCGGACGGUCGACGGUGGCGAAGAGGGCAACCCGUGGACGCCGGAGAUCGACGUGCUCCCCAUCCACGUGCCCAAGGUGUCGCCCAUCGACGAGACCACCUACACGUUCCCUGACGGCGCCACCUACAAGGUCUCAUCUCUUGGUUAA